AGGAGGAAGGCUCACAUUCACGGAAGUCAAGCAACUCGACAAGCUGUUUACCUAGCUAACGACACUAACAGUCCUACCUGCCUGUAGUCACUGGUGUGGCCAUCAACACGCUCAUACGAUGGUGAUGACUCACUAGGGUCGAAACCUCUCCUUAUUCCCUCUCCUUAUUCCCCCAUCUCCUUCAUCUUCACGUUCUCUGAUCAAAGGAUAGGUGAAAACAAUAUGCUGGCCAUCAUGCUCGGUGGAGGAUUCAAAGCAGAAAGACUCCGGGUCAAUCUCCGACUGGUGAUCAAUCGCCUGAAGCUCUUGGAGAAAAAGAAAACUGAGUUAGCUCAGAAGGCGCGGAAGGAGAUUGCAGACUACCUGUCAACAGGGAAGGAUGAGCGAGCACGGAUCCGUGUGGAGCACAUCAUCAGAGAGGACUACUUGGUAGAGGCCAUGGAGAUCCUAGAACUGUACUGUGACCUGCUGCUGGCUCGCUUUGGCCUCAUCCAGUCCAUGAAGGAGCUGGACCCUGGCCUGCAGGAGGCUGUGUCCACUCUCAUCUGGGCAGCCCCACGUCUGCAGUCUGAGGUCAACGAGCUUAAAAUUGUGUCUGAUCAGCUGUGUGCCAAAUACAGCAAGGAGUAUGGCAAGCUCUGUAGGACAAACCAAAUCGGGACUGUCAAUGACAGGCUCAUGCACAAACUGAGUGUAGAGGCUCCUCCUAAGAUCCUGGUGGAGCGCUACCUCAUUGAGAUUGCCAAGAACUACAACGUGCCCUACGAGUCAGACGCCAUGGUCAGACCAGAGGUGUGUACAGGUGAGGAGGCUGACCUCAUAGAUGUGGACUCUGACUUCAAGAAGCCAGGAGGCGGUGGUGGUGGUGGUGGUGGUGGUUUCACCGCUGGGGCCAUGCCUAUGCCCAUGGGCCCCCCAUCAGCGUUCAGCUACCCAACACCCAAAGGGGCCAUGCCCGGCCCCAUAGGGUUCAACGGCCCCUCCGUUGGCACAUAUGAUGCCUUUAACAACUUCCAGCCUCCGAUGAGAGGAGGGCCGCCCCCUGAGCUGCCCAGCUGCCCUCCCACCUACCAGUCUAUUGAUGAGCUGUCUAUUAAACCUUCUGAUCGAUCCCAGGUAUCUGGCCCCGGGCCUUCAUCCCAGAUCUACGAUAACAACGCUCUCCCUGAGCUGCCCUCAGUUCCCGACACGCUUCCCACUUCCUCCUUUGGAGUUGGACGCAACACUGCGAGCUCUGAUGACAUCGACUUUGAUGAUCUGUCACGGCGCUUUGAGGACCUGAAGAAGAAGACCUAGUCCUCCAGUAUCCCAUCAUCAUACUGUGUUGUCAGUCACUGCAGCUACAGUAUCAGGAAAUAUUGAAAUAUUUGGGUUGGCACCCUUUGCAGUGAAAUUCUCCUCAUUGUGUAGUUUUACUGAUGUUAACAUUAACUGUACCUCAUUCAAACAGCAGAAGGCCUUUUUUAGAGGGCUAUUUGACAGUACAUUUUAUUAUCGACUAUGUCCAAUCAAAACUGGACCGUAUAGAUGUCAUCUUUAUAUGAGCACUUUGGAUAUAAAAUGGCCUUCCUGAUAGUAACUAGUACUCUAUGUAACCUCUCAAUCUUUCUCGUUGAUAUGGUUGUCACGUAUCCCCUUGACUCACAGUAUGAGCCAAUAUUUGGUUAAUAAUCGAAUAGUCUUAACUAAUAGUGUCUCUCGUCCAGAGACUGGAUUGAGUAAUACAGGAUCUUAAUAGUUUGUCGUUGUGGGUUUCAUGAAGCAGUUUUUACCGGUCACUGAAUCGCAUACUAGAAAAACCUGUUUUCUGGCACACCCAUUGUGUCGAAAAAUUCAGGCCUAGGACAGGGUGCUACGACCUUGAAUAUCUAUGUCGGGUUUUACCCUCAGUACUCUCUGGUUCUGAACCUUUGGUGACAUCUGAAACCAGUUCUAUGACCGAUCUGUUACCUUACAUGGGGUGGAGGGAUUCAAUCAGACUUGAUUGAUAAAGUAGAGUAUUGAAAUAUGUAAUGCACAAUGCAAUUUCUAGGAAUUGUUUUAUUUGUAGAGCAAAAAUAUGUUGGUAGGAGGUUGAAGGCAAAUAGUUGGAAAAUGUUUAUUUUGUACAUGGAUUUUAUUAUGAGAAAAUCCACUUAUUGUUUCAAAGAGUAUUUAGUUUAACCCUAUACAUGCACUUUCCGUGUUUGUGUAAAAUAACCCAUGCAGUGAAUUGGCAAAUGGAAUGCAUGAUUUGACCAUGUACGUUUGCUGUAAAUACGGCCCUCAAAAUGUAACGGGUUCUUCCUCCUCUUUGUGUAAAAGAGGUUUAUAGUGUGAUUCAGUAUGUUAUCUAUGUAUGUGUGUCCUAUAUGUGUCACACUGCAUUUACCAUCAUCAGAGGCCUUCCCAUUCUAUAAGUAUAUUCAGACUAUGUACACGUAACAUGCAGUGGUGGGAAAAGUACCCAAUUUCAUACUUUAGUAAAAGUAAAGAUGCCUUAAUAGGAAAGUAAAAAGUGAAAGUCACCCAGUAAAAUACUACUUGUGUCAAAGUAUUUGUUUUAAAUAUACUUACGUAUCAAAAGUAAAAGUGUAAAUUUCUAAUUAUAUUAAGCAAACCAGAAGAAAGCACUUUGUGUUUUUUAAAUUUACUGCUAGCCAGGGGCACACUCCAACACUCAGACAUAAUUUACAAAAUAAGCAUUUGUGUUUUGUGAGCCCUCCCGAUCAGAGGCGGUAGAGAUGACCAGGGAUGUUCUUUUGAAAAGUGUGAAUUUGACAAUUUUCCUGUCCUGUUAAGCAUUCAAAAUGUAGCGAGUACUUUUGGGUGUCAGGGGACAUGUUUGGAGUAAAAUGUUAGUUUUUUUUUUUUAGGAAUGUAGUAAAAGUAAAAGUUGUCAAAAAUAGUAAAGUACAUAUACCCCCCAAAAAUACUUAAAAGUAAAAAUACUUUAGUACUACUUAAGUACUUUACACCACUGGUAACCUAUAUAAUCUUUCUUAAAAGUUGUUUGAAGUUUUGAUUUUGUGUUUGAUGAAAAUGUGUUGAAUCUUGGUGAUGGAAGAAGUAGUUUUGAUAAAGGUGAGAAAGGGGGGGGGGAUUUGCUGUUCCUGUCUUAUAGCUUGUUUUCACUAAUUAUGAUGGGUGGAAGUUAGGACUGUCUACUCCACCGUCCUAAAAUAAGACUAACACUAGUGUACAGUGACCCGCUCACUGCUUUGACUGAUCAUCCUCUAAGGUGUAAUGUAGGAUUGUUUGAAGAAUGUUUGAUACCAACUUUGAUUAGCAAGUGUACCAUAUAUCUUGUCACAUAAAACAGAUAAUAGCCUAUGGUUUUUUCUGUCUAAUAAAGGACAUCUUUCUAA